AGCACCGGCCAUAAGUCAGCAAUACGGCGGCUAACAUUUUGUGACGCUGUCACGUUUUGCAGAACAAAUAUAUGUAUACAUACGUAUGCACGCUCAUGCAUAUUCGGAUUUCGAUUAAACGUUUCCCGAACUACAACCUAAUUGCAAUAUUGCAUACCUGCAGACGGCUGCAAUUACCCGUACGUGCGGUGUCUAGUUAUUCGUGUAGUAUGAUGCGAUAAGUAAUUAACUGUACCACCCGACUAAAUAAGAUAGAAGGCCGCGUUUUCUAUCAGGCGAUUUCAUAAAGAGAUCAAUCAACGCAGCAGGUAGUUUAAAAAUUCUGAUAUGGUUGGGAACGUGACACGGUGCGGUGGCAGGAAAACUAUUUUUCUUGUCGGCUGUGCUUGCGUCGGGGCUUACGUCGCCUACAGAUACUGGAGGAAAAGAGAAUUGAAGUCGAUAGACGAAGGUUUCGAGGAGGUCUCAAAGAUAGAUGAUAGCAAUGAGAGGAGAGUGCUUCUUCUAGGCUUGGAUGGAGCCGGGAAAACUUCAGUUAUGAACCAAGCUAUAGCAGCUACCGUUACUGGAAGCACCUACUCAGUUCCUCCACCAUCAACAAACGGCUUUGCUGUCUUCAAAUUACAAAGUGGAUCUUAUAUUCUCAACAUUUGGGAAAUUGGCGGAGCUGAUGGAACAAGAAACUACUGGAGUAAUUUUCUUCAAGAUACAGAUCUCCUAGUGUUUAUGGUAGAUGCUGCGAACACGAAUAAAUUAUCACUAGCAGUGUCUGAACUCAAGCAAUUAUUGGGUGAUCCAAGGAUGGAUGCAGUGCCAAUCUUAGUUAUUGCAAACAAGCAGGACUCACCUAACGCUCUGAGGCCAGAUCAAGUGAAGGAGGCUUUAGACCUACGCAGCAUCCCACCUAGUAAACACAAAGUUGAAGUUAUCGGCUGUCAAACUCGACCACUGCCAGACCUUCCUUCUGGACUGACAACCUACACGUGGUAUCAUCCAUCUAUCGAAGCCGUUCGAAAAAAGAUAUUCGCUAUGGCCACAUCAACUUAAUUAACUUAAUUUCAAUAUAUGCUUAAUCUAAGGAAUCAAUUUAUUGUAAUAAAAAAAUCAAGAAAACGGAAUGGUAA